AUGGAGGCACCCGCGCCAGAGCUUGGCCUGGUGAAAAAGGUCAAGGUGGCCGGGCUCUCGGCAGCCGAGGUCGACAGGGCUCGGACUACGUAUGGGUCGAAUGACCUGCCGGCGGCAGAGGUCGACUCGUUCUGGGACAAGCUCCAGGAGAACUUUGACGACCCACUGAUCCGCAUCCUUGUGCUCGCGCUGGCGGUGACGAUGGUGCUGGCCGGGCUCGGGUAUGCCGACUACCGUGAGGGCAUCGGAAUUGCCGUUGCAGUCUUCCUGGCCACGUUUGUGGCCACGUACUCGGAGUUUAAGAACGAGGCCUCGUUCCAGGAGCUGCAGGAGAAGGCUUCGCGCAUCAAGUGCAUGGUCUUCCGCUCGGGCGAGCUCGUCGAGGUCGAGAUCGCUGACGUCGUUGUCGGCGAUUCGGUCCUGCUGCAGGCCGGCAACCGUGUGCCGGCCGACGGUUUUAUUGUUGAUGGCGCCGUCGAAGUCGUCCAGGCCUCGCUCACCGGCGAGUCGGACCCCAUCACUAAGAAGACCGUGCCCGAGGGCUACACACCCGACGGAACGCCAACCGACGAGCUGAUGGCCGGCAACCACCACGCGUUCCGCGGCUCGCUCGUCGACUCGGGCGAGGCCAUCAUGCUUGUCUCGCACGUCGGCGUCGAGACCGUGUUUGGCAAGCUCUCUGUCGAGAUCUCGUCCAUCGAGGAGCGCGAGGCGCCGCUGACCAUCAAGCUCGCUGCGCUCGCCGACGGCGUGGCCAAUGUCGGCUACAUCGGUGCGACCUUUAUUGCCGUCUCGUUCCUCUUUAAGCAGUUUGUCAUGGACAACGGGUACUCGCUCUCGGCUACCAUUGCGUACGCCUCCAACUGGCAGAUUGCGCUCCACGAUGUCGUGACCUCGAUCAUUCUCGCCAUCAUUGUGGUUGUCGUCGCGGUUCCCGAAGGCUUGCCCAUGAUGAUUGCCAUUGUGCUCUCGCUCAACAUGCGCAAGCUCCUUGCCGACCAGGUCCUUGUCCGCCGUCUUCUCGGCAUCGAGACUGCUGGCUGCAUGAACAUGCUCUUCUCCGACAAGACGGGCACCAUCACCUACGGCGUCUUCCAGCCCAAGCUCCUCAUCUCGGGCUCGGCGAGCUUCGAGACGUUUGCGCAGGUGCCAGAGGGCCUCUCCGAGGUGCUUGCCCUCGCGCUGCGCGAGUCGUCGUCGGCCAUCGUCUCGUCCAACGGCGAAGACAUUGUGGGCGGUAACUCGUCGGACCGUGCUCUCCUCCGGUUCCUCUCGCGCAACGCGCUCCUCGACUACUCGGGCUUCCGCGUGGAGCGCGAGGACGCAAUUCUCUUCUCCUCGGUCCACAAGUUCUCGGCUGCCCAGAUCGCGUUCUCCGAGGACGAUGCCGACGGGCUUCUCACUUCGUCGCUUGGCCCGCUCUCGUCGUCGGGCGCGUUCUUUGAUCCGGCGCCGGCCUCGGCUGCCGCCGGCGCCUUUGCCGCCAUCUCGCUCUACAAGGGUGCGGCUGAGCUUGUGCUCUCCAAGUGCUCGUCGUACCACGACGAGAACACCGGCGCGGUUGUCCCGCUCAAGCGCCGCGCCAUCUCGUCGGUCCUCUCCUCGGUCGACGAGCUUUCGGCCCGUGGCUACCGCUUCAUUGCCGUCGCCACCUCGUCGAGCCCGCUCGCCGCCGCCCGCGUCGAGAAGCCGUCGGGCGGCAGCUCGCUCGAGCUCCCCGGCGACCUCACCCUCGUCGGCGUCAUUGGCAUGACCGAUGAGAUCCGCCCCGAGUCGCCCGAGGCCAUGCGCGUCGCCGAAGAGGGCGGCAUCCAUGUCAUUAUGGUCACCGGCGACCGCGCCGAGACCGCCGCGGCCAUUGCCCAGCAGGUUGGCCUCCUCCCGCCGGGCGAGGGCCUCGAAUCGGUCCUCACCUCGUCGGACAUGGCCCGCAUGAGUGACGACGAGCUCGCCGCCCGCCUGCCCACCCUCCGUGUUGUUGCACGUGCCCUCCCCACCGACAAGUCGCGCCUGGUGGCCCUCGGCCAGCGUGGCUCGGGCGUUGUCGGCAUGACCGGUGACGGCGCCAACGACACUUCGGCACUCAAGGCCGCCGACGUCUCGUUUGCCAUCGGUGAUGGCGCCGAAAUCGCCAAGGAGGCCUCCGACAUUGUCAUCCUCGACUCCAACUUUGCGUCGAUCAUCCGUGCCGCUCUCUACGGCCGCACCAUCUUCAAGUCUAUCCGCAAGUUUGCCAACUACCAGUCGAUCAUCAACCUCCUCUGGAUCAACCUCAUCAUGGACACCCUCGCCGCCCUGGCCUUUGGCGGCGAGCCUGCGCUCCCGCGCUACAUGCGCGAGGCGCCCAUUUCCCGCGACACCGCCAUCAUCUCGCCCUACAUGUGGUCAUCCAUCCUCUGGAACGGCAUCGGCAUCGCCCUCUACUCCAUCUUCUUCCUCACCUCGGACAUGGUCCACGACCUCUUCGACCGCGCCUACGUCUCGCCCUACGCCCCCGAGGCCGGCUUCCACGACGACGGCUCCGCCUUUAACGACGACGUCGCCCAGGUGGAGACCUCCGAAGAGCUCGCGCAUCAGGGUGGCACCGUCUUCCUCACCGCCUUCUUCUGCUUCUUUGUCUUCCUCUGCGGCUGGAACGCCCUCGGCGUCCGCACCAAACGCCUCAACAUCUUUGAGGGCGUGACCAAGAACAUCGGCUUUGUCAUCGUCGUUCCGCUCAUCUUUAUCGUCCAGGUCGUCUUCACCCUGUUUGGCGGCUCCUUCCUCCGCACCGUCCCGCUCGACUCGCACGAGUGGUGGCUCCUCAUCGCCGCUACCUUCCUCGUCGUCCCCUGGGACAUCCUCCGCAAGAUCCUCCUCCGCCUCGUUCCCGGCGGUAAGCUGAAGGACGAUUAA